GCACUGGGGACAGUAGUCAAGCCACCACGUUAGCAUUGACAGCAUUCCCCUCCAAGCUGCCCCUCAUGUUCCAUACAGAAAGGGCAUCCCGAAAUUUCAAGACUCGAAGCUGACUCUGUCUGGAGAUGGAAACGAAGUCAAAGAUGAUGGUCUACCCCGAAGCGGGCCCGAAGCAUUAGGUAGCUGGUCAAAAGCUGCGAGAAAAGAAGCACAGCCGGUAUACUAUUUUUUCCAGAAGAACAGCAAGGGUUGAAACAUAUAUUGAUAUACCAGCAGGUAAAAAGAGUCUGAAGAGAACUCGUAGCUCCAGAGUACCUGGAUGUCGCAAGCCGCUUAGGAUAGGUAGAUUCGUUCACCCUUAGCUGCCAGCUCUGGAGUCGAUGCUGCUAGUAGGUGUGCUUUCCAGUGCAACUGGAAUGUUUGCAAUUCUUCAGCUUCACAGGAAGCUUUUCUGACAAAUAUCUGUGGCUGCCAACCUUCAGCUAAGCAGCAUUGCUCUCAAUCACGCUUGUGUGCUACAGCAAAGGGGACAGAGUUGAUCACAGACUCGGAGACUACGGCUUGACUCCACUUGCCGCAGCUAAACUCACCACAGUAACCCUCACCGCAGCUAGACUCGCUGAAGCUGAGAUUCGCCGCAACAAAGACUCCGCCGCACCGAGAACCUCUGCAAGAAGACUGGUGCGAUAGACUAGCUAGGUUCUAGUGCAUUGAACCAGACUUGGGGUUUGCGUUGCCUGGGGCCCAGCAAGCGGCAUGGUGGCCGGCCGGGGGCGGACGGCCCAGCUCUUAGUCACGGUCAUGCUUGCCGUGCUAUCCUUCCUCUUACUCUGCCUUGCAAAUGUGCUCAUGCGUGGGAGCCAGGUGGCGACAAUAGCGCUCAUCGAGUGCCCGCGGCUCGCGGAGGCAGAGCCACAGAAAGCUGCAGGGGCAGAAACCGCAGGGGGAAAGCGGGAAGCAGCAUCCAGUGACGUCACCAAUGUAAGAGCUGCCGCGGACCCAUGGCCCCAGAUGGAAUACACGUUUCCGGGGCCAGCGUGCCCCCCCAUGGAGUGGCUCGAGGCGGUGCGGCACGGGUCUCGUCGGGGGGUCUGGAACGGCACUUUUUUCGCGGACCGCCCCUGCGAGGCGGAUCUACGGGUCCACAGUGCCAGCGAGGCGUGCGAGAUCCUGUCGACGUUCGACUCGGUGCUCAUCAUUGGGGACUCGUUCGAGCGGCAGCUGACGGGGGGCUUCUUCAUGGUGCUGCGGGAUAACUUCGUGAACGGGGCGCUGAAGCAAUGGGAGUUUGAGGGCCAGCCCGACAUCACAGAGUUUUGCCAAGGCGAGCAGCAGUUCGACGAGCGCGCGUGCCGGCCGUUCUGGGUGCACUCCACGCGCGACUUCGCGGGGCGCACGGCGGAGCUCUCGGCCGAGGUGCACGUUCACUGGCUCAACUUCAUGUGCCCAGGAGUCCGCCCGCCGCAGCUCGACUUUCUCCAUUGGCGGCACCCCACGUUCAUGAACGACAAGUGGCUGCGCGCGCACUUGCUGGACCACCCGCGCACCGUCGUGUUGCACGGCGUGGGGCUGCACAUGGACCUGAACGCGACGCUCACGAUCGACACUCACCUCAGACGGAUCCUGCCCCUGUUGGAGGCGUCCCCACAGGCCGAGCACGUAUGGAUCGCGCGCCAUGCGCCCGGGCGCAAUAAACCCGCGCAGUUCCUCCAAACGCAGGGGACCGAGGCGACCCUACGGUUCAACGACGCGCUCCAGCGCUUCUUCGAGGCGCGCACGCGCGCGCAGGGCCGGCCGCGGGUGCCCGUCUUUGAGACGUACAACCUGACGGUGGAGGCGACCAGCUUUGACGGCUCGCACUACGGACAGCAGGUGAAUGUGGAGAAGGCGCAGCUGCUGCUGACGUACCUUGACGGCGUCCGGCGGCAGAAGGGCUGGCACGGGAAGCGGUGGCCGGAGGCGGUGUGAAUAGGCACCCAUAGCGGGUUUAGGAUUUGAGAUAACCCAGAGGCCGCUUAGUGUCCAUCAUUUGCUGGUGGUAAAGGAUUCCGCUUGACCUUUGACGUUAGAGAGCACUGGGCGAGAAGAAAGUUGGGCCGUUGAGACGACACAAAAACGUCGUGCCUCGAAGCUGACGCACGGCGGCCCCCUCUCCAGCCGCUACAAGGUAUGCACGCCGCCCAGUUAUAAGUCUUGAUAGACUAACCAAGCUGAAAACGUACGGGUUUCAGGACUGUGAGCAAGUUGGAGUUCCCGUUUUGCGCGCAAGUGUGCGUCCUCAUUACUUUUGUUCGACGUGACGGCAAAGGCUGAUAGCAUUAUCUACCGAAAUCGGCACUUCGACGUAUGUUAAGGCGGCAGCGGCGGCGCGUGUACCUUUUCUUUUGCGGGUAUAGGCAAUAUGAUAUCUUCGCGUCAAUGUGGUUGCCUUAUGUUAAGGUACGAGAAGAGAAUAUCCGUC